UGGAACUCUGAACAGAAGCAGUGCAGGCUGACCACAGUGCUAUCUGGAUAAGAUCAACUGGGAUAGAGAAUGGCCUCUACCAUCAGCCUCCUCCCUGAGAAGCACUUUUUGUGCACUCUGUGUAGAGACAUCUUCACCAGACCAGUUACCAUACCGUGUGGACACAGCUUCUGCUUGUCCUGUCUCUGCCACUACUGGGCACGACACCAGUCCAAAUACUGCCCCCACUGUAAGAGAGUGUUUACUGACAAGCCUGACCUCAGUGUCAACCGCAUUCUGGCUGACAUCGCUGACAACUACAGGAAGACUCGACCGCAGAAACCACCCGAUGAGGAAGUGGUUAUAGAUGUUGAGCAAAUGAUUCAGGAACGGCUUCAGAAGAUAGAAAGGUUGAAAUAUUCUCUUGAGGUUCAAAAGAGCUCUUACCUCAGAGAGGUACGCGAGAGUCAGAAGGUCUUCUCUGCCCUGGUGAAUGCCAUGGAGAAGAGUCACAAAGCGGUUGUUGCUGCAAUAGAGGAGAGAGAGAGGGAUGAGGAGAAGAGAGUAGAAAUGCUGAUGAAAGAGCUGGAGCAGGAGAUCCAGGAGCUGAGGAAGGAAAUGGCUGAAUCUGAUCCUCAGAUUCCUGAAAAUGGUGAUCAAACUGAUGAUGCAAAGCAAGUUACCUUGAACAUCAUUUCCACUAUUUCCCUCUCUGACCUGAAGGACUGGUCUAAGGUUACCAUAGAAACUGACCCUUGUGUUGGGGUCACCAGACGAGCACUGUCAGAUAUGAUAGAUAUGAUGAAAGUAGAAGUCAACAGGCUCUCCAAAUCUGAACUUAAAAGAACUGAGAAAUAUACAGUGGAUGUUAAUCUGAGUGUAAAGACAGCCCACCCCUUCCUCUUCGUCUCAGACGACAGAAAACAGGUGAGACACACAGACAAGCUUCAGGAGGUACCAGAUCACCCAAAGCGGUUCGACCGCGUGGCAAACGUGCUGGCCAAGGAAAGCUUUGGCAGUGGGAGGUGCUACUGGGAGGUGGAGGUCGGGGAGAAGAUUGAGUGGAACCUGGGUGUCGUCAGGCAAUCAAUAAACAGGAAGGGCAAGUUCACUGUCUGCCCUGCAAAUGGUUUCUGGACUUUAGCCCUGAAGGCUGGAGGCCAGUACAUUGCCAACACCUCUCCCGUCACCCUGGUGGCUCUAGAGCAGAGGCCCAGGAAGGUGGGUGUGUUUCUGGACUACACAGAGGGCCGCGUGUCCUUCUACUGCGCAGAAUCCGGAGUCCACAUUUACACCUUCACCGAUACCUUCACUGACAGGCUUCAUCCAUUCUUCAGUCCUGGUCGCAUGCAUGGUGGAAAAAAUGCUGCUCCCCUAAUCAUCUGUUCUAGCUUUUGUAGCAUCUGAACAUUAAUCCCAAUACAGGAUUUAUAAAACUCCAGUAUAAACACAG